AGCCAGGCUCUCCUUGUCUCUUCGCCAUGCCUCACAAAAUUGAGGAAAUCAAGGACUUUCUGCUUACAGCCAGGCGAAAGGACGCCAAGUCUGUCAAGAUCAAGAAAAAUAAGGAUAAUGUGAAGUUUAAAGUUCGAUGCAGCAGAUACCUUUACACCUUGGUCAUCACAGACAAAGAGAAGGCAGAGAAGCUGAAGCAGUUCCUGCUCCCAGCUUUGGCAGUGAAGAAGCUGAAAUGAACCCCGCCUGCUGAUUUGAACUGUAUUAAAAUUUUAAAAAUUA